AUGGCAUGCCGUUUGCUCGUGGUGAUUGUGCUUCAGGCUUUGGUGUGUUCUGCAUGGGCACAGGGCAUGGAUUUGAUGCCAGUCCAAGCGCCCGAAGCCGAUCCGCCUGCGCAGGAGUUGGGAGGACAGACAGAUCCCAUGAGCGAGCUGCUGCACUGGGCCAUUGAGAACAGCGAUCCGGAGCUCCUGAAGAAUCUCACGGAGAAGUACAAGGAGCAGAACCUCACCACGAAGGACAUCUACGGGCAAGAUGUCAUCGAUGCCUUCUUCAAAACCGAGGGAGACGUUCUCAGCGAGCAGAUAGCCAUCAUCCAGGACUAUCGGAAUCACUCCUUGCCGGAGAGCGAAAUUCAAGCCGCGCUGGAAGAGUUGGAGGAAGUCCUGCACCAGGUGGAUCAUGCCGGCAAUCUGCACAAGAUGGGAGGAAUGCAGCCAAUGUUAGACCUUGCGUUGGGCACAGAUCGGGAGGAGGCAACCCGGGCUCUGGCGCUCUGGGCUUUGGGGGUCGCCGUACAGAACAAUGCUCCCGUGCAGAGAGAUCUGCACAGCCUCGGAGGUCUUCAGCGGAUGGCUUCUCAUUUGCCUCGGUGUGGAGGUACUCCGGGACAAGUACCGGAGGCAUCGGCUGCUUUCUGUGGCAAGCUGCUCUUUGCCAUCUCCGGUCUGUCAAAGAACUCGAACGUCCUUCAGGCCGAGGCAGACCACUUGGGCGUGCCCGACUGGAUGAUCGCGGUCGGACUCAAACACGACAGCGUGGCCGUCGUGAAGAAGGCCCUGGGUUACUUAGACAUCCUCCUCGCCCAGAAUCCGGAGGCGCCGUUCCUGGACCGAGCCACCCCUGCCGAGCUGGUGGAUCCAUUGCUCGAGCUGGUUCGGGGACGAGACGGGCCAGACGUGGACACCUCCGAGAAGGCGAUUUCACUCUUCAGCCGCCUUUGCGAGUUGCGGCCCGGUGAGUUUGCUGCGCAUGCGAAGGAUAAGCUGUCCACACUUCGCAAGCAGAUGCAGAAAGAUGAAGGCGUGCGACAGACCCUGAUGCGAAAGCGCUGCGAUGUUCUCAAGCUCUCCGACUUCAAGCUGAGUAUCCCGAGCUGCUGGUUUUUCAACAAUGGGACUGGGCACAAGGAGUCGAUAUCCUUCCUGGACGCAGUCUCACGUGUCUCCUUUCCCGGUUCUGCGAACCCUGUGGCACCAAUGGUGGACAUCGGGGCUGGUGGUACCGGCGACGCCUCCCAGCAGGCCAGAGCGGCGUCUUCCGCGGCCGCAGCUCCGUCCUGCGCCGAUGGAGACCUGCGACCGGGACACCUGGUCCGGGUCGAAGUCAACGGCCUGGCGUCCGAGAGCGGGAAGUUGCUGAAUGGCCAGCGAGGCCUUCUCUGCGACUUCCUCGAGGCGACUGGCAGAUGGCAGGUUCGCAUCGGAGAGAAGCUCGUGAGCUUGAAGCCUGUGAACUUGAGCAAGGCCGAGCUUUUCACCGCAGUUCCGACUCCGGAGGCGGUGAGCGAGCGCGAGCCGGAGCAAGCUCGGCGAAGAAGCCGAAGCCGAAGCCGGAGCAGCAGUAGCAGCUCAAGCUCCUCAUCCUCCCGGUCUACGGCCAGGAAAGAGGAAGAGGAAGCGCCGUUGAAGACCGGCGAGGAGGUGGAGAUUUUCGGUCUCAGCUCCGAGGGAGGCAAGGCUCUCAACGGCCAGAAGGGCGUCGUGACCGAGUACAGCACCGAACGGGAUCGCUGGGAGGUCAUGAUUUCCUUGGAGAAGGUUGUGAGCCUUCGCCCGCGGAAUCUGCGGAGGUCGAAGCCUCCGCCUGGCGCGAUGCAACCCGGGCGCCCCGGGCAGACGCAAAAAGCAGAGGGGUCACUUGCUUCGCUUCUUGGCAUGGGAAAAGCCAAAGAGGAGCCGAGGUCUGAAUCGCAGCAGGCCUCGUCAACUUCGCAGUGGCAGUCAGUGUGGUCCAGGAGCGCUGGACAGGCCCAGGCGGCCCGACCACCCGCCUCAGCCAUGAGCGAAGAGCAACUCUCGUAUCUUGAAAGCUUUCAAACCGACGCAGAGAAGGUGGAGCUGAAACGCCUCAAGCGCGAGUCCAAGAUCCGGCGCGAGUUGGUAAUGCAAGGCAUCACGGACGAGGAUAUGGUGCGGGAGGUGAUCCGUCAGCGUGAGGAGGAGCGACAGCAGACCAUACUUUUCCGUGGCAAGGCCGGGAACUGCAGGGUUGGAUUGAUCGUUUUUUGUUUACUGUUUGAGGUUCAGGGUGCCCUUUUGAUUUUCUCCGGUGCUGGCAAGCCGAAAAAGGCCACUGUAAUAACGAAAGCCGUGAACCGACCCUCUACGUAUUACACCCAAAAAAACCCCAAAGCAUACACAGCAACCACGAUCCUGGUUUGGAACCAUACUCCGAAGCAACAGCCAAAAUAA